CUCGAAAGUAAACAAUUGAGAAUAUCGAAAAUCUCAAUAGGAUUAUUGUUAUAAUUGUUUGGACAUAAGAUAGUAAAUUAAGAUUUUACUGUUGACAAGUUUAAUUGAAUUAAAAGUGUAAUUUAAUGUGCGCUUUAGUAGCACUGUUAUAAAAAAAGAUGGCUCUAUACUAUCGACGGCUGUUAAUAAGUGCCUUAUUGGUGCUUACUAUAGUGUCCGUAAAUGCUGACGGUGAAGAUUCUGAUGAUGAAGUAACCGUAGAGACAAUAGAAGAUAAUUACCAGAGUCCAAAGAUAGACUCCAAAAGUAUAUACUUGGCUGAACAUUUUGAUGAUGUGACUGCAUUUAAGAAGAAAUGGAUCAAGUCAGAGGCCAAGAAGCAGGGUGUGGAUGAAAACAUUGCCAAGUAUGAUGGCAAGUGGGAGGUACAAUCACCCUCAAGACGCAUAUUGAAAAAUGAUCUUGGCUUAGUUCUUACGACGGAAGCAAAGCACGCAGCCAUAUCAGCGUUACUCGAUAGACCAUUUGAGUUCAAAGAAAAACCUUUGAUUGUUCAAUAUGAAGUUACGAUGCAGGAGGGCCAGAACUGUGGUGGGGCGUACAUCAAGCUGCUUUCUCGGGGUAUGAACACCAAGGCCGACCUCCGUCAGUUCCACGACCAGACGCCCUACACCAUCAUGUUUGGACCUGACAAGUGUGGCAACGACAAUAAACUGCACUUCAUCUUCAGACACGUGAACCCGAAGAACGGGACCAUCGAGGAGAAGCACAGCAAGAAGCCCACUCAACGCCUAGACGACAUCUACAAGGACAAGGAACCACAUCUAUACACCUUGAUCGUCCGGCCCGACAACACAUUCACGAUUCUGGUCGACAACAAAGAGGCCAACGCUGGCUCGCUGUUGGAGGACUUCACGCCGCCCGUCAACCCGCCCGAGGAGAUCGAUGACCCCGAUGACAAGAAACCUGAGGACUGGGAUGAGCGGGAGAAGAUCGUGGACCCGACGGCAACGAAGCCCGCCGACUGGGACGAGGACGCGCCGGCGCAGAUCGUUGACCCCAACGCCGUGAAGCCCGACGGCUGGCUCGAGGACGAGCCGGAGACCAUUCCCGACCCCGACGCCAAGAAGCCGUCGGACUGGGACGAGGAGAUGGACGGCGAGUGGGAGGCGCCGCUCGUGGACAACCCGGCCUGCGCCGCCGCCGCGGGCUGCGGGCCUUGGAGCGCGCCCACCGUGCCCAACCCGAACUACAAGGGCCCGUGGCGCGCGCCGCUGGUGGCCAACCCCAACUACCGCGGCCGCUGGGCGCCGCGCCGCGUGCGCAACCCGCACUACUUCCGCGAUGACGCGCCCUUCCGCAUGACGCCCGUCCAUGCUGUGGGCUUCGAGCUGUGGUCCAUGUCUCCAAUGCUGUUGUUCGACAAUGUCAUAAUCACCGACGACGAGCGAGUGGCCGAGGAAUGGGCCAAGCAGAGUUAUGCUAUCAAACGGGCCAAGCUCACUAGUGACUCGCGCACGUGGUGGGGGCGGGUGCUGCGCGCCACGUCGCACCGGCCCGGCCUGUGGGCGCUGUACGCGCUGUACUGCGCGCUGCCCGUCUCGCUGUACGUGCUGUACCUGCGACGACGCUCACAGGACACGGAUUCGAUUACCAAGAAGACAGAUGCAGUCGUAGAGGACGACCCACAGCAGUCUGAGGGUGAAGUCGAGGUUGAGGGGGAGUCUCCGGAGGGUGAAGCGGAAGGAGAGGGGGGAAGUACAGCGAGGCGGAGCAAGACAGGCCUCGAGGGACAUGUGGAGCCUGAAGAGAAAACUCCACAUGUAGACACAGAAGGAGCCGGUGAUGGUCAAAGGAAAAGAAAGCCUCGCAAGGAGUGAGCGGUACGAUUGAGAUAGACAUAUUUGAUUACAAUUAGUUAGAGCGAGAUGACUAUGUGUAUGAGCGAGGAAUAGAACAAUUUUCUUAUUUACUCUUCCCUACCACCAUGUAUUCUUGUAUGCUGUUAGUUUAAUAGCGAAUUUAUUCAUACAUGAAUGUAUGCUUUGGCCGUUUUUCGUUUUUCGCCGAUAAUAUGUCAAAAAAUAUUUUGUUUAACUUGACUUAAAUUUACCACUCAAAACUUUAGACAUGGCACUGGAUAACAUUCUAUGGCAUUUUUAUAAAUCUAAUGUACUAUAUUUGUUCACGCUAGCUUCACACUUAUAUUCACCAAAGAAAUAUUUGGAGUUCUAACUCGCCGCUUGAACAAAACUACGCAGUUUUCGUUUGUUUUUAUACUUUAAGAUUUAUGAAUAAAUUAUAAUAAUUUAUUGUAACAAAGUCUCGUAUGUUGUAAGAUAUUUUUUGUUCUUUCGCAAUACCUGAAGCAUUUGUAUGUAUUUAAACGUUCUAGUAUAGUAUGUGUGGGAUAUAUAAUAAUUGAAUAAAGUAGCAAUGUUUCAGUUUAAUUUGUAUCAAUGUAAUCAGACAUUAAAAUAGGGAACUGUGAAAGCAUUACUUUUAUAAAAAUAAAAUAAAACAACUUAAUUGUGGUAAAAUUAUAAUUAAAGGCUAUUAAUCUAUCAUGAAUCUCUCUUAAGAGUAACUCACUGAUAAUUCGCAAUCAUAUUACUGGAAAAGAGGCUGCAUUUGAAUGGACACAAGUUUUUUUUUUUUUUUCAUUUAUCUUUCUUCUUAUUGGAAACAUUUUGAUUGAAACAUCAAAAUAAAGUGCCAAAAUGAAAUGGUAAACUAAAAUAUGCUAUUAGAAAUUUCUAAGCGACUCAGUAAAUUUUGUUACUAUAAACAAUAAUGCCACUUACACAAUGAUUUGUUUACAAUUGUUACAAAUUAUUAUGAAACAAAUAAAGUUAUGUUUGUGUGUAUUUAUUAUAUUGAAGCACUUUAUUGUAAUACAUAAUAUGUAUCUUUAAUAUAUUGUACUAAUUCGGUCUCUCUCAAACUUAUAUAUCAACUCGCGUUACCGAAAUGACUUUGUCUGUUUUUAUAUCAGUAUUCAAAAAUAAAUGUGUUUGCAUUUAGAGAAUAAAAUUUUCUAGUUCUCGGUUACAUAUGAAAUUGUUUUGUAUUUGCCCCCGUUACUGAUGCUUUAUUUUUUAAAUAUUUGACAUAGUAUUAAAUAAUUAAAAAUAAGUGUCGCAUUUCUUACGAUAUAAUAAUAUAAAUAAUGUAAUAAUCCUUAAGCCAGAAAAACAGAUGACAUACAAAUAUAUUUAUAAUGAAAUAGCAGAACAUUUAUUGCCAUAGCAAUGAUAUGUUAAUGUAAACCAAUAUUGAGGAGUGACAUCAGUGUCAGAAUGUAAAUUCAUGAAUAUCAGUUGAAUUUUUAUUGAAUUGAUUACUAAUUUCUUACAGAAAUACUUAUUGUUUACCAUUAUUUUAGUUCCUCAUUGGUCUACGAGUAUAUAAAUUUGUUAAAACAAAUAUUUCUUUAUGAGACUGAUGUCAUGUUUUCACCCUUUAAGUACUUGAGAGGGCAGAUUAUGAACUGUAAUUUAUAUAAUAAUAAAUAAAUAUUUCUA